UGUACUGUGUAAUAAAAGUUUUCCCUUCAGAUGAUGAUAGAAUUACAUCCAGUGAGACUACUUCACAUUCACAAAUUGCCACGUCCUCUCUCUCCUCUUCAUAUUCUGCAGUUCCCCCCACCUCCCAGCCUCCCCUCUCUGUCUCCACAGCUCCUGCCUCCUCUACCACUGCCACCACUACUACCAACACACUUGAGGCACAACAGGAAGGAAGUCAAGAGACUCAAGACCUACCAUCACCUUCUAACACCAAUGGAAGCCAGGGUGAAAGCACACAAGAAGCUGUAACUGGACAAACAGGUGCCGUGAAAAGGAGAAUAAAUGAAAAAGAGCAGCAGAAAUCACAUGCAAGCCAAAAUGAUGAUGAUAGAAUGACAUCCAGUGAGACUACUUCACAUUCACAAAUUGCACUCGGGCGAUGCUGGUUGAGGAAACUCAUGGUGAUAAUUUUCGUCAUUGCGAUCUUUGUGGCAAUUUUGUGGCAGUCAUUUCGUUACUAUUUUUUUUCUUAGUCUGUUAUGUUGUGUGUUAGUAUGGACUGUCACAACCUCUUUCUGUACUUCUUUCCCAAUCACAUUUCUUCUCGCUCUGAGUCUGUGCGCAUGCG